AUAACCUAACCUAAUAAAAAUUGUCUCUGAUAUAACCUAACUUUAAUUUUCAUGCAUUCGUUUUAGCUUGCGUUGUUUUCAAAAGUGUUUUGGGGCACAUAUGAAUUGACCAUCAGAACAAUACAUAAUCAGGGCUUUGAAAAUGGCUUCAAUAAGGUGUCAGUCCACUUUCGAUGAUAUACGAUCUGAAUUUAAGAAUACUCUCAAAGCAGCAUUCGAAAAACAUAAUUAUGAAAUUCUGGAAAAGAAAGUUGCAUCGUUUAAAUCUACUGAAAUAGAUACUAAAACGCCUCUGGAUCAAGCGUUUAGAGAAGUUUUGUUGCAUCUGCUUAGCGAGGAAGCAGAUGUGACUGUUUUGAGAUCUUUUAUCCAGUUUUCAAUUGAAGCAUGCCGGAAACAUUUAACCACACCUACAAUGCCCGUUGUGCUAUUAGGCGAUAUUUUCGACACACUAACACUUGAUGUGUGUCAAAGCAUGUUCAGCUUUGUUGAAGACAAUGUACAAGUUUGGAAAGAGGAUCUUUUUUUUACUGGUUGCAAAAAUAAUUUGCUUCGUUUAUGCAACGAUCUUCUUAGACGUUUAUCGAGAACUACAGCGACCGUUUUUUGUGGAAAAAUACUGCUAUUUCUUGCAAAGUUCUUCCCAUUUUCUGAAAGAUCUGGCUUGAACAUUGUUAGCGAGUUCAACUUAGAAAACGUUACUGAAUACGGUACAGAUAAUAGCACUGAUGAUAUAGUAACCGAAAUUAUUUCCGGAGAACAAAAACACGUAAUCGACUUCCCAUUUUACUGCAAGUUUUGGAAACUGCAGGACUUUUUCAGGAAUCCAAAUCAGUGCUAUGAUAAAGUGCAAUGGAAGGUCUUUUGCACUCAUUCAAUGAACAUCCUUAACACGUUUCAAGGAAUUAAACUGGAUUAUGUGAACUCAUCAGAUCAAACAUCCAAUGUGGGCUAUUUUGCGAAAUAUUUGACUAGUCAAAAGCUACUGGAUCUUCAGCUGCAUGAUGUCAGUUUUCGAAGAUCUGUGUUGCUGCAAUUUUUGAUUGUCUUUCAAUACUUAACAUCUUCGGUUAAAUUUAAAUCAGAUACUUAUGAAUUAAAACCGGAUCAAAAGGAAUGGAUUCAAAGUGCGUGCGAAAAAGUGUACGCUUUACUGCGAGAAACCCCACCCGAUGGCGAAAACUUUGCAAAUAUUAUCAAAAACAUUCUCAAGAGAGAGGAGUUGUGGAACUCAUGGAAAAACGAUGGUUGUCCAGAAAUUAAGAAAUUAUUACCUCAAAGUGAACCCGCUGAAGCCCCAAAACCCAAAAAAGCAACUAUGCUUUUGGGUGAUUUGGUGAAAGACGCUAAUAAAGAUGGAAAGUUUUAUAUCGGCAAUACGGAACUUACCAAAUUAUGGAACAUAUGCCCCAGCAAUUUAGAUGCAUGCAAAGACCGCGAUUUUUUGCCAUCUUUAGACGACUAUUUUGCUGAUGCUGUUACUCAAGUAGAAUCGGCAAAUCCGACUAAAGAUGAUGAAAAUCUAUUAAAAGACUGCAAUUUUGGUUGGAGGGCUUUGCGAUUAUUGGCAAGACGAAGUCCCUAUUUCUUUUCGAUCAAUACUCAAAACCAUCCAUUACCAAAAUAUUUAGAGUUAAUGGUUCAUAAAAUUAAAACUCAUGAAAAACCAGGCCGACAUGAUGAAAACAGUCAGGAAGCGCAAACCGAACAAGAGAUGGAGGAAAACAUCCUAACAGAAGAACAAAACACCGAAGAUUUUAAACAAAAUGAGUACUUUGCAGAGGAGAAUAAUCCACGUCAAGAACCUACAAAAGUGAGCAAUGAUAUUCGGCAAAUUAUUGUCGAGAAAGUGGCCCCCGAAUGGGAGAAAUUAGGAACCAAAUUAGGUUAUAAAGCCGACGAAAUUGAAUGGUUCAAAAACGAAAACAAAAAACGAAUCGAUCAGGCGAAACACAUGAUGGAUCUCUGGUUUGAGGACGAUGAAGACGCCAACUUGGACAAUCUGUUGUAUAUUCUCGAAGGUUUGGAAAUGAACGAAGCGGCAGAAGCUGUGAGAAACGAGAUAAAUACAAUGACAGACUGAUAAGAGUAAGCCAUUCUAUGAAUAUUGUGUUUUAGAAUGGAGGAUUUACAGUCUAAUGCCCACUCUGUAAUUUUCAUUUUAUUAAAUAUUAAAACUAUUUUCAACAUUAAUAAAAUAUACAAAUCUGAUUUACAAUAUCAACAA